AUGGAGACCCCAGCUGCGCAUGAGCACCACCUGAAAGAACACGCUGUCACGGUUGAUAAGGGUGUGGAAGCAGUCAAAGCUGAGGAGGAAGUCAAGAUGAUACAGAACUCUGUCAAGGAAGAGACGGAAGCGAUCAGCACGACGUCCGAUCACACGAUCAACAGAUCCCGACUGACUUUCAGUGGACACACAAAAUUUAUCGCUGCACACACGGAGUUUCGCAAGAGUCACGGUCAAAGGGCCAUCGGAAUCGCGAACGACGAUACUGCGGUUGCAAGGCGCGAUAUACACCCACUGUUUCUCAACAAGAUGACAGCACAGGUGUACGCACUCGAAUCCCACGUCUUCUACCCAAGCUUCGACAUUCCUUACAACGAAGACUCUGCCACUCGACGACGAAGACCGCGAGGACGUGAAAACCCUGGCUGA